AUGAAGCGCCAAUCUACACCCUGUUUGCUCAGUGACGCUUUUAAUAUCUGCGAUGGAAACAGUGAGGUUACCUCUUCAGCAGCUAACAGGUACGUAGAAGCAUUAUCAGAUAUCGUUUGUUGGGGGACAGACCUUCGGGCAGCAAAUCCUCUAUACGCGAGAACGAAGGUUUGUACCGAAAAAUCUGUAACGACUACAAGGUAGACUACUCUUGUUGUAGCACGUGUAAAGAAGCAGAUGUAAUCUUUCUUUUCGGCUACAGCUUUGCGGGUGUUUAAAGCUCUCGUAAAGUCUACGUCAGAGACUGUAAAUAGUUCUGCUUGAGUGAGUCUUUUCUUUGGAAGAAGAGAUGGGUCAGGAUGUUGUACGGCAAUCCUAUAAUCGUCUUGUAAGUGACGCCGUGAUUGAUCGGCUUUCUUGACACGCUGGCGUCCAGCAGGAAUCCAAUAUCUCAGACGUACGAGAUUCAGUGUGAAAUUCGAACAAGCAUAUAAUUGAUUAACAUGCGUGGCACUGAUGUCUGAGGAGUAAGAACUUGGUAGAUUUGGAAACUAGCACAUUGUGAACCCUCUUGCCGAAACGGAUAACACCAGUAUCAUCUAAAAAGAGGAGUAGCUGUCGAACUAGUGGUUUUCUAGGCGUAGAUUUGGAGAGCAUACUGGAGAUCUCCUUGUGGUAACUCACUUGCUGACGAUUCUUGAUCCAUUCUCUCUGGGCAUGAGCCAGUUCUUGAAUGUGUUGUCAGAGCUCCUUUGUUCUUGUUCUGCUUUCUGGUAUUGAGCACAAACCGCAGGACGUAGUGUUUGACGUAGGUGAGCCUGGAAAUGGUGCUGAUAGACCUGUUGGUUAUCUAUGGUCAAUGGUUGGAGAUAACCUUGGAGCGGUAAACUUGGAAGGGGCUGUUCGGGUCACUGAGGUAACUCAAUCAGAAGAAGCGUGUAGCAUCCCUGUCUUGUUCACCAAGACUGAUGUUUAA